GUUGAAAAUUUAUUCUAGAAUAUGGUAGCUCGUAGGAAAACACUGCAGAACUCCAAUGAUGACUAUCCAAAGAUAGUGGACUUCAUCAGUCGGUUUACGGUCCAUCAUAUCAAUGUGAACUUCUCUUGCAGAAAGCAUCGAGCCAAUAGAGCAGAUGUUCACAGUGGGAGCAUGUCUUCAAGGCUAGAUGCUAUUAGGAAUGUCUAUGGGGCUUCGGUUGUUCGUGAUCUGAUGGUAAUACAUGUUUCAGAUGAGAUGCUGUAGAUGAAAUAUUCAAGAUGGAUGGUUUCAUCUCGAAUGCAAAUUAUGUGGCAAAAAAGACUACUAUGAUUCUUUUCAUAAAUGGUAUACAAAUUAAAAGGCACUAGUAAUUUUUUAGAGCCUUUUCCUCCGUAAGUAAAUUCUGUUGAUUUCAUAUGCACAAAAAAUGUACUGCGAUGCCCAUGUAGAUACACAUGUUCAGAACUUCAGAUGCUAUGUAACUCUGAUCAGAGUAAUCUGGCCGCAUCUUGUUCAUAUAUUUUCGAUGAACAAGGGGAUAUCUUUUAAAGAAUAAUUUUGUAAUACCAACAAUGUUUUAAAUGAUGCAUCCACUGUGAUUGAACUGUUAUGUAGUUUCUGUCAGUGAAUUAGUAAAGUAUAGUUUCUCUAUUAUCAUGGCUGUGCCUAGUUUGCUUUAUCCCAUAACUGUCCAUAUCUCCUCUUCAGAUAGACUUGUAGACUGCACUUCUUUGAAAAGGGCUACUGAAUUUGUGUACUCUGCAAUACUGCCUCAAGCAUCCAAACCCUUCAUAUACUGUCCAUCAAUCUUCCACCAGAACACAUGGAUGUCAAUAUACAUCCAACCAAAACGGCGGUAUUUUGUGGCAAAAAUUUGUGCCUGAUAUUCAAGCAUAUCUGAAAAUUUCCAAUUAGAGCACAAAUGAUUUCACUGAUUCCUUUUUGUCUUGCAGGCUAGCCUCUUAAAUCAAUGGUGUAUUAUUGAUUUUUUUUUAAAGAUGCUAUUGAGGAAAAACUGAUGAACUGUAAUAACACAAGGAUAUUCCAAACUCAGGCACUAACCUCUAGCGCUUACUCAAGCUAACACACUAAAGGAUAUGGGUACCGAGGUCAGCACCCCUACUGGAGAAAAAUCUCAAAAGGUUCCUGUGAGCCAAAUGGUCAGAACAGAUCCACGCGAUCCAUCUGGAAGGUUGCACACCUAUUGGCAAGGUCAAUCUUCAAAUCUAGAAAAGAAAUCUGACCUUGUUUCGGUAAGAAAUAUUGUAAGAUCAAGAAGAAAUCCAAAAGAUGCUGGUGAUUUGUCCAGUCGCCAUGAGCUUCUUACAGAAAUAGAUUCUAACUUAUAUCCCGGUAAGCUCAUCUUAACCUGUGGUGUCUGAAUCUGUCUCCAUUUUGGUAGACUGAUGAUUUAUGUAUUUCUGCUAUGCCUUUUCGAUAUUUUUAAGAAUUGCACACAUAUGUUGGAGUUGCCAAUGAAGUUUUAGCUUUGAUACAACACAAUACCCUCUUAUACCUUGUCAACGUGGUAAAUGUUCGGUAAACUCUAUACAUUGCAUUGAUGACUAGUCUUACUCUUCUAUGCCCAUACCUGUACAUCUCUUAUGUAAGCUAGAUUUCUUUCUUUCUAAUAUCUGACAUAUUUCUUUGAAGGUAAUCGGUACCCCAGUUACAUGUACAUAUUUGCAAAUGCAUGCGCGCACAAACAAUAUUGCUUGGACACACCACCAUCAAGCUGCUACCCAUUCAUAUCACAUACAGUUGAAUGCCUUCAACUACUAAAUAAUAGGCACCUUGUCGGGGGAUGACCCCCGGGUAGGCUCAGGGAUACAAGACGACAUUUUAAAACAUCGGGCAGGCUGGGCGCCCUCAUGGCCGGCUGGGCGCAGUCCGCAGCCGGCUGGGUCAGCGCCCGUCCUACCCAUCCGUCCCAGCAACAGGGCGAGGCGACCCCCACGUCGAGGAGAGCGUGGCUACAGUACCGUCGGUACUACUGACCGAGGCGACCAACUCCCGGACGGCUCGACACUGUAGACGCAUCGCGUCAACCACUCCGUGACGCCACGGCCUACGCGCCACAGUGAUAAGCAGUCGGCGGGCCACGCGGCCAAUAGUAGCUCGCAGCCGGUGGGCCCCACCAGUGGCCAGAGACGCCGGCAGCCGAGGCCUGCCCCUCUCUCUUAGAUAUUUUGUAACCUGGGAGGCCCAAGUAUAAGACCUCCUAGGAGCCCCCUAGGAGGGGGUCGGCUCAUUCUUACCACCACACACACGCACGAGGCAAAGAACAGAGCUAGAGCCCUCUCCUUCCUCCACCCAAAUAGCUCCAAGAGCAACCAUGUAUUCCUUGUGAUCUCCAUAGUGAUCCUUGCAGGACUAGGGGUAUUACCUCACUUGAAGGGCCUUGAACCUGCGUACGUCUCUGUGUUCGCAGUGCUCGUGCCUAAUCUCGCAUCCGAACGCCACCGACACUCAUCGCCCCAACCACCCUCGAUAAGCCAUCCCAUGGCAUCUGCCGUGAGAACACCACGACAGUUGGCGCCCAUCGUGGGGCGUGACGCGACACCGGUUGGAGUCACGUUCCGGACAAGACCCUUCACUCCCACUGGCGAGCGCAUCGCGCAUGACCUAGUCAGCAGGCUCGGUGCGUUCGACGGUGCUGGCGACGAUGUGGUGCGCUUCGUGGACGCCGCCUCCCCCGCAAGUGGCUCCAUCAUCCCCUUUGGCGAGCUCCGCGUCUAUGUUGCUCUCGUCCCCGACGAGUACCCUAGCAGGGUGCUCACCUUCGUCGACCCGCCGCUCCCCGGCGGCUAUGGCGUCUCCGGCGACGUCACGGACCUCUGCACUCGGGUGGAGGGUUGACCACCGGCUCCAGCCACAACACUGACUGCAGCAAGGACCUAGGCGCAGCGACCGUGGCCCGCGCCAACCGUGUGAAACCUCUCCGCGCGGUGGUUCAGAACCUGCACACUCCCAUCGUGCCCAACGUCGACCCUGCUGCUGCCGCGACCGAGCUCGAGGAGGCACACGUGGCCUGCUCGACGGGGCCAAGGAGCUUGCCGCCAUGCAGCGCCGUAUGGAGUCCGUGCAGCGCGAGUACACCACCACCCAUGGCUUCAAUUCGGCUGCCGACGGGCGCAACCGGCUCGGGGAGGUGCAGUGUCGCGGCGGGGCCCUCGGCCAGAUGCUAGGUGUGAACCGGCCCACAUAUAACACCCCUGUCAUCUGCGGCAAAACUAGGAAGACCUGGAGGGCGAAGGGCUGCAGCAGUAGCGCGCCCACGACCUCAUUGCUGUUGCGGACUAGCAGCAUGCACAAUGGGAUCCGCUCCAGCCGUCUGCCUUUGGCUCGAAAUCCCCUCGCCUUGGAUGGACAAUCGGCAGCCGAUCGAGGGUCCUAGGCCCACGCAAUAGGCAUCUUCCCUGCAUGACAGCAGCCAUGGGAGCCUGCUGCAAGGCAGCCGGGGUAGACGCAACCAUGACUAGGCGACUGUCAAUAGCCGGGUGGACGCACCGACUGGUGGGGCUCGCCACUAGCCAGCCCGGCAACCCCUGCCCGCGCGGCGGGACCGGCCGGCCUUUGUGGGGCCGGUUGCGUGCCCUGCGGUCACCGACCGAUUGGGGCCUCGCGCACCCCAUGACGAGCAUGAUGCUUGCUACCGCAUCGAGCGGUUGGGGCGCUCCCUCGCCCUAAAGGAGGAAGUACUAUCGGUCUGGCCUGCUUCGGGCCGCACAUCCGUGAGGAACCUUUUCCCAAGGGUUUCACGCUAGCUCGCGACACCCUCAAGUACAACGGGUUCACCAAGCCGGAGGAUUGGCUGACCGACUACACCACGGACGUCGGCAUUGCUGGCGGCAAGAAGCGCGUGGCAGUGCGCUACACACCCCUAAUGCUGCUUGGCUCGGUCCGGGCGUGGCUGAACAGCCUGCCGGCCAACAGCAUCAACGCCUGGCUCGACUUCGAGGAGGUGUUCGUGCGCAACUUCACCGGCAUGUACAAGCGCCCCGGCCGCCCUAGCUAGCUCUCUUUAUGUCCAGGAGAAGGGCGAGUCCCUCCGCGACUACCUCACGCUGUAGACGGAGCUGCACAACUUCCGCUAGGGGGUCCAUGAGGUACAUGCGAUCCAGUACUUCACCGAGGGGUGCCGAGACGGCACCAUGCUCAAACACAAGCUCAUGCGCUCGGAGACGACGACCAUGGCGGAUCUUGUUCCUGAAGGUAAAACUCGUGGCGUGUCUUGUUCCUGAAGGUAAAACUUUCUUUCUCUCUUGACUAUCUAUAUGGAUCCCUGUGCUUGUAUCUUUCUGUGACCUCAAGAGGUGAUAUCUGAGGGGCCGGAAUUUGCUUUGAGUCGAUCAGGAUCGACAUAAUUGGUGAAGGACCUGGCUUUUGUACUUAGAUAUAAACUCUAUGAUGAUGACUUAUGUGUUGAUUACUUGUGCUGGAAGUAGUUUUAUAAUUCUGCAGUUGUUUGUCAGCAAUGAAUCGGGAUAUUCUGUGAAGUGUUACUGCUUCUGAAAAUUAAUGAGCUGUUUACUAGUUGAUGGAUCAGCUCGUGUUGCGUUGCUUUGUGAAGUCAAUACAUUUUCACGUCGAUUGAUCGUCUCACAUUUUGAACAUGCUUCAUACACGAAUCAUACUUUUUCUUGCCUACCCGUGUUUUGCUGUUUGAUUUGCAAGAUAGCCUGAUAAUUUGUUUGCCUGUUUCACCAUUGUUUUCUGUGUCGUUCUGUUGGGCUUUGUUCUUCUAUUAUCAGAAAGUUCUCCUUUAUCAUUUUUCCGCAAAUUUUUCAGUCGCAUUAACUGUGUCAGGCUAUGUUCUUCUAUUAUCAGAAACUUCUCCUUUAUCAUUUUUCCGCAUUAACUGUGGUCGGUUCUUCCUGCCUUUGGAAGCAGGACACCAUCUCCAAGGAGGUUCUUCCUGCCUCUCUACCCCAUCUCGGCGGCGGCACCGCCGCUGACGAUGCGCUAUAGACCUUCCCCCCUCCGCCGCCCACGUCCCUGCCCCCCGCCCUGACUGCGGCGUGACCCGAGGGCGCCCCUCAUCGGCAACGAAGUCUGUCCCCUCCUCCAAAGAAGAAUCCUCCGAGAAGAACACCACCCCUCCUCCUCACCGCCCUCUCCACUCCCUUCCCAGAUCAGUUUCUCCACGUAGGCAACUACUGCUCGUAGGGGCUGGGGACCACCAUUGGGGCGAGGAAGGUUGGAUUCAUCCUAUUCUUCAUUACCCAGUCCUCCAAGAAAGAUGGAACCAGCCCUUGUGGAUGAAAAACUUAUUCCUUGGGAGUUAAACAAGUUUAAGUUGAAUCCAUCACGUAAUGGUGAUGUCAUUGCUCAUUAUCAAAUCAAUAAGCCUUCAGAUCUCACUGCAACUGCUCAGUUAUCACCAAUGGCUAGGCCUCUAGUCUGUUUGCAUCUAAAAGAGUCAGAAAAUUUGCCUAAGAUAUCUAUUAUGAAUCUGAGGCAUCGGUAUAUUUUACGAGUUGAAGCUGUACAAGAAUUGCAACUGCCUGUCUUGAAGCAGAAAAAUAUUGCUGUUGUUGUGGAGCCUCAUGAUGGACCUCUCACUUGUUUUUUAGUCCGCUUGGUUCUGACCGAGAGGCGCAGUAAUGCCGUCCCAUCACAGUCUCUUAGAGAUGUUAUAAGACAAAUUGUAGAGGCUAUUGAAGAGCUCAGAAUAAAUGGAGUCUAUCAUGGCAAUCUUACAAUACAUAAUAUAUACCAUUCAAGAGUUGGUGGUGCUAUUGUAGUGAAGUUGGUUAAUUUUCAAAACAGAGAUAUCGAAUUGGAGGCUGCACAGUUGAUGGACUGGGUUGGGCUUGGUAAUAUUCUUCAUACUAUUUCAACUGCAGCAAAGUUCAGGGAUAAUACUGCCUCGUGCUCCAUAAUUGACCAUCUGGCAUCAAAAUUGAUGGCAUUAACAAGCACUAACUGUCUUCCGAGUAUAAAAAAGGAUACCCUGGAUGAUAUGUUUUUCUGGGACACCCGAAGGCGGACAAUGUUCUAUAUUCAUGAGAUCCCUAAAGCGCUGAACGAUAAUGACUUUGUUACAAGGGUGAAGAACCACGCGUGGCCACUACCAUGGGACAGUAAGCAUUUUGGACUCGUAAAGGCCAUGAACGACUACCGUGAAGAAGUUGCGGUAAGAGAUAAACACAAGGGAGUUAAUCCAGGUCCAGAAGUUCUAAAACAGUAUCAUUGCAAUGGACAAGAUCCAAUUCACAAUGUACAGUGUAUGAGCGGAGCUUACACUCACCAGGACAAAAUAGAGGACAUUAAAGAUGAUAAAGACAAGCGAAUGUCGGUGGAUGUGGCUGUCCAGAAGGAGCAGCCAGAGUUGUGUCUUGCCCUACGUAGGUUGCUCGCAGGGGAAGCCUUCUAGAAGAAGGCAAUGAAGAAUGUUUUCGCCUUUGUGGUGUGAAAGCGAGGCGUUUUGCAAGGAGUAUAGACAGGUUGCUCCUCCUGUUAGUCUAAGUCGAGGUGCCUUUUUGGAUGGAGAGAUGGCUGGCAAGUAGACACACAAGGAGCGCAAAUGACCUUUGUAAAUUUUGUUGUCGUUACUUGUAUCAGUCAGAGAGAGUUUGGUUGUUGUUGCUGCUGUUUUUUUCAUGGAUAUUGAAUGUCUGAUGCUAUGUUCCAUGAAAUUGAGAUCGCGUUGAAGCUAUGCUGAGUUUGUUAGAUCUUUA